AUGAAAUCAGAUCAGGCAAUCAUUCGAUCAGAUUAUGAGUGGUUCUUUUUUUGUCAUCGAGGAAAGAAGUAUCCAAAUGGUUCUCAGAGUAGAAGAGCAACUCAAGCGGGUUAUUGGAAGGCGACUGGCAAAGAAAGAGACGUGAAAUGGGGUUUAAAUUUAAUUGGUACAAAGAGAACUCUUGUAUUUCAUCUCGGUCGAGCACCCACAGCACAGAGAACCCAAUGGUUAAUGCAAGAAUAUACUACCAAUGAUAAAAUCGAGGAGGGAAUGGUCAUUUGUCGAAUACGAAAAAAUAAAGAUUUUCAUCUACACGACACUACUAAGAAAAAAAAUCGAGCUGCAUCAGGCAGCGAAAAUUCAGAUGUACCUGAAAUGAACUACCUAAUUGAUAGUGGUAGCAGUUUCUCUGUUGACAAGAUGGAAACAAGUUCUGAUAAAGUUGUUGGUGAAGGUGACGGUGAAGAUACAAGUGAUGAAGAUAAAGGUGCUAAUGAUAAUGAUGCUAUUCAUGAGUCAAAUAACAAAAAUAUUCCUCCACCACCAGAGUCGAUAAAUUUGAACAAGAAUGAUGCUGCGAACAACGAUUGCUAUGGUGAUAUAAUGCGUCACGAUAUAGUUAAACUGGAUGAAAAUGUUGGACUUGGAGUAGUGAUAAAACCGAACUAUGAGUUUACUCCUGUUGCAGGAUAUGAUAAUUGUUGCGAUGGUAUAAUAAUGACAGAUGAUACAUUCAGACUGGAUGAAUAUGUGGAACCAAUCUCUGAUGUGGGAGGAUUGAUACCAAUUCCUAAGUUGAAUUAUCCAUCAGUAGAAGAAGAAGAAGAAGGAUUGAUAGAACCAAAUCCUGAGUCGAGUUGUUAUCCGUUUCAAGGAACCGCACAUCGCCGACUGAGGCUUCAAAGGGAAAGAUCAAAAGUUUAUCAGAGACCACGUAAACUACCUAGUGGACUAGCAAAAAUUGAUAAUAAUAAUGUGGUGGAAGUGAGAUGA